GAAAUUGCCGUUCUAUAUCUCGAGACGGUCCUUCUCUCCGUACAGUGCUGGAUACACUGUAAAAAGGACUAAUGGCAAAAACCUCGCAAUAAAAUGGAUGAUGUUGGAAUGACGUGGUUUGACGCGUUGACUUAAGGAACCUUUCCUGUUGUGUAAAUGACCGGGUUUCAGUAUAUUUGAUGACUCACAUGACUAACAUUUCUUUGUCUGUUUUCAAACUGACAAGUUCUGUCUGUUUUAGAGGGCAAUAAAUUGGUUAAUCGGUUUUUAGUGGAUAUUUUAAAGGAUAUUUACGUUCCAUCUGCUAUUAGUAUUACUGGAUCUAUCCCAGAUGGCACCGCUUGUUGAAAAUAAGACAAAACAACAGCAAGGCGAGGAGAAGAUGCCUCAACCCAAGGUGAAGCUGGUGGUGACAGGAGAUGAUUUUGGAUACUGCGAGAGAAGAAAUCAAGGGAUUGUGGAUUUGUUCAAAGCUGGUGGGAUCUCCAACGUCUCUCUUCUGGUGAAUGCAGUCUCAGCGGAGCACGCGGCAGAGCUGGCCAAAAGGAAUCACAUCCCCAUUGGACUCCAUGCGAAUCUCUCAGAGGGUCUUCCAGUCUCUCAGGAUCUAACGGGCUCAACGCUCCUCAACAAGGAUGGAUUCUUCCAUGGCAAGAUGGGCUUUCGGGAAGUUUUACAGAGUGGUCAGCUCAAGAUGUCAGAGGUGGAGGCGGAGCUCAGAGCCCAGGUAAAUCGAUUUUGUGAACUGGUUGGCCACAUGCCCUACCAUAUGGACGGCCACCAGCAUGUGCACGUACUCCCAGAGGUACGAGAGGUGUUCGCCCAAGUUCUCUCCGAUUUUGGGAUCACCUACACACGGGUCCCAAUAGAACCUGGUCUUAAAUUUUGCACCUUCCUCCCAUCCCAUCUGCGAGACUUCAACGCACAGGUUGAAAAAGAUGCCCUUGAAUCUAUUGAGGUCUUUCACCGCCAUGGAAUAAGAUGGCCUGACGUAUACCUGGGCCUGAGCACCAUGGGUAAGAACAUGUCUGUAUCCAACCUGAAGCGUGCUUUGGGCUUCACUCUAGAAGCUUCACUAGAUGACGGUGUGACAUCUCAGUUGAUACAAUCCAAUGACGCCGCAACAGACUCUUAUCGUCUGGUUACAGCAGAGCUCAUGGUGCACCCAGGAUAUCCAAGUCAACCUCACCAGGGCGGAUGUGGAGAAGGACCGGAUGACUUCUCCCAGUCCGCAGACCGGCUACACGAGCUGAACACUUUAAGGGACCCUUUGGUGCUUAACUACUACAGGCAACAGGGGAUCCUCCUCUGUGCCUUCAAAGACUUUUAAACACUUAGAGCAGAGUAUUUGGCGUAUUGCAUACCUUGAGCCAUACCUCAAUUAGAUAUAUUAGAGUAUGAGUGCUUGGUUUGAGAAGGCAUUCAGUUUCAUUGUGCUGCUUCCAAAAGCCCAUACUAAACAAUCUGAAGCUGCUACUUGAAGUACAGCCAAAACAAAUAUAUUAUAGUAAUUACUCAACACAAACACACUUAUUCAGUUGACCCGUUUUUAAAAUUUCAGCUAUUAGAUUGACCUCUUUUUAAAUUGUUCAACAUGACUUUUUUAAGCAGCCAGCUAUUUCAAUAGAGGAAGGUGCAAUUUUAUAUGGAUUUGUUUCUAAAAAUGUUGCUCAUUUGAGCAAGUUUCUCUCAAAUCCACAUAUUAAUAUUGCAGAGAACCGUCAAACCCAAUAGCAAUGCUGUAUUUAUGAUUGUAACGUACUAUAUGAAGAUUUUAACUUAACUGAACAUGUAGCAAUUACUUUAUAUAUUUAAAAAAAUCAAAGGUAUUUUUGGGUACGAUGUUUUUAAAGAAUGUAUUUAUGAUAUUUUUAUGAACCUGAAAUAAAGUGCUCAUUUGGA